UAAGACUCCACACUUCAGCAGCUGAACUGAAGCACAACCAGAACAGCUAUGGUGUUACUUUAGCUCCUCUGUGCAAUACUUAGAGCCAUUGUGUAAAAGGCACCUUUUUGAGUUGGAGAAUGAAUGGAAAAAAGGGUAGUAUAAGGAUUGAUAUCUGCCUGCCAUCGAACAAUGUGGUGCCAGAAGGUGUAAAGAAACCAAUCACUGCAGAAGUUCCCUCCCCCAGGAAGUGGCUAAGUGAUGUCUGGGAAUUUGCAAGGCAGGACACAAACAGGGUCACCUUUGCACUCAAGGUUGGCCUUGCUUGCCUCCUUGUGUCACUGCUCAUACUCUUCCGUGCACCCUAUGACAUAUUUGGGACUAACAUCAUCUGGUCCAUCCUCACUGUUGCUAUCAUGUUCGAGUACACUGUUGGAGCAACUUUCAAUCGCGGAUUCAAUCGGGCUCUCGGAAGUCUACUCGCUGGAGGAUUUGCAAUAGUCGUUAUUCAAGUGGCUAUGUCUAGUGGCCACAUUGCAGAACCAUAUAUCAUUGGUUUCAGCAUCUUUCUUAUUGGAGCUGUAACAUCCUUUAUGAAGCUAUGGCCGUCACUAGUUCCAUAUGAGUAUGGUUUUCGAGUUAUCCUAUUCACCUACUGCCUGAUCAUUGUAUCUGGCUACCGCAUGGGAAACCCCAUCAGGACUGCAAUGGACAGACUCUACUCGAUUGCAAUUGGAGCGCUCAUCGCUGUUCUUGUAAAUGUUCUUAUUUGCCCAAUCUGGGCAGGGGAACAGCUACACAAGGAGCUAGUUAACAACUUCAACUCUCUGGCAGACUCCUUAGAAGAGUGCGUAAAAAAAUACCUAAGUGACGAUGGUUCCGAACAUCCAGACUUCUCCAAGACUGUUAUGGGUGACUUCCUCGACGAACCGGCAUUCAGGAAGUGCCGAGCUACCUUAAAUUCGUCAGCAAAACUUGACUCUCUGGCAAACUCUGCAAAAUGGGAGCCACCACAUGGGAGAUUCAAGCACUUCUUCUACCCAUGGGCGGAGUACGUGAAGGUUGGCAAUGUUCUUCGGCACUGUGCCUACGAGGUGAUGGCUUUGCAUGGUUGCGUGAACUCAGAGAUUCAGGCCCCAUACAACCUAAGGUGUGCCUUCCAGUCUGAAAUCUUAGAUGCCACAAAUCAAGCUGCAGAGCUGUUACGCAGUCUAGCAAAAGAUGUGAACAACAUGAAGUGGAGCCUUCAGACUAGCCUACUAAAGCAUGUCCAUGUCUCAACCGAGCGCCUGCAACACUCAAUUGACUUGCACUCAUACCUCUUUACAGCAAGUAAUGAAGACAAUUCUGCCAAGCCACAGUUGAAAACCUCCAGGGUUGUCUCUUUUAACAUCAAGGACUUCACCAAACAAUCUGACCAGCCAGAAAGCAAGGUAACUGGAAAUGCAACUACAAAAUCAGUGGUGCCAAUGCAAGGUGAAUCCUACCAUGAGAUGAUGAAAAGGCAGCAGAGGAGACUGCAUUCAUGGCCUUCUAGGGAGGUCGAUGAUUUUGAAGAUGAUGGAAAUGUCGUCUCGGAUAUGAUACCAAGGAUGCGUGCACUCGAAAGUACCACAGCUCUAUCCCUUGCGACAUUUACAUCGCUACUGAUCGAAUUUGUUGCUAGGCUAGAUCAUUUGGUCGAAGCUGUUGAGAAGCUCGCAACGAUGGCCAGGUUCAAGCAGCAGAUAGCAAACUAACCAGUAACCAUUCAAUGACACUGACACAUUAAGUUUUAGCAUACCAACAGGCGACAGAACAAAAUGCUUACUUAUUUGCCUAAAUCAUUUGCUGAUUUAAAAGUGUCGUUUACUCUUUCAUAUACUAAAGGGGGAAGUGUGUUUGCUUACUGAUAUUUUCCAGUGGAGCUAGCAAAAUGUAAUAGAAUAAUAGAAUGCAAAACUUGUUAAUCUAUUCCUGUGCCAUCUGUAUGGCAUUGACAGACACUUUCCCUCAUUUACUUCUCUGGCAAAGUUCUUUGAGAAUAUAGUCACAACAUGCACGCGUUUCC